UCUCCCUCCUCUGUUCUGAAUCUGCUGUUCUCUCUCUCUCUCUCUGUGUCUCUGUUCUGCACGGAAAUAAAAAUAAUUUGCACACCCUUUCUACGACAAUCGAAUUUGCGUCAGCCUCAAUUCUCAUGGAGUUUGGGAUUGAUGGCUCCAUUAAUAGUGAAACAGUGAGAAAUGCUAUGAUGGGUGAGGUUAGUAGCAGCAUAGCUGAUGAAAACAAACCGGGCUGCAGUUCUUUGGAUCCAACUUAUAAACAAGAUCAAGAUGAUAAUAUAACACAAGAUUUUUCUGUAGGGGACACAAUCCCAUUAGCAAUACCUGCAGUAUCGGUUGUGUCAGCUGAUGAGCCAUAUGUGGGUCAGGAGUUUGAAUCAGAAGCCGCAGCACAUGCAUUUUAUAAUGCAUAUGCUACACGUGUUGGAUUCAUCAUACGUGUAAGCAAGCUCUCACGAUCAAGGCGUGAUGGAUCUGCUAUUGGACGGGCUCUUGUUUGCAACAGAGAGGGUUAUAGAAUGCCUGACAAGCGUGAAAAGAUUGUAAGGCAAAGGGCAGAGACAAGGGUUGGUUGCAGGGCAAUGAUUUUGGUGAGGAAAAUAAGUUCUGGUAAAUGGGUUGUUACAAAGUUUGUAAAGGAGCACACUCAUCCUCUGACACCAGGAAAAGGUCGAAGGGAUUGCAUUUAUGAGCAAUAUCCGAACGAACAUGAUAAAAUUCGAGAACUAUCUCAGCAGCUGGCUAUAGAGAAAAAGCGAUCCGCAACCUAUAAAAGGCAUCUUGAAUUGAUAUUUGAGCACAUCGAGGAGCAUAAUGAUAGUCUUUCAAAGAAAAUACAGCACAUAGUUGACAGUGUGAAGGAGAUGGAAACCAAAGAAAAACAGAGUCAUAGAUAGUUUCAACUCUCAGUUAUUUAGUCUUUUUAUUCUUUUUAACUGGAUGAAACACAGAAUCAAUUAUCAGGUUCAAAAGAGCUGCUAGGCAAAUCGUGAAAUAAUAUAAUAUAAUUGCUGACCUAGGUAUCUGUUUCGUUCCAGAUUUAGGUGUCAGGUGAGUUAUGUAGUUCAGUUUGCUAUGUUCAAUGUAAUUCAAUAAUUCAUUGGAUUAAUUAUAUGCUCUGAUACUUUAGUUGGUAGUAGAAACUAGUUCAGACAAUGUACAGGUCCUUUGAGUCCAUUCUUGUAAAGUUAUGCUAACAAUGUGACCACUCAUAACAGGCAUUUAAAUGCCUUGGCAGAAUUAAAUUAUUCCAUUGUAGAUUUUGUAAAUUUUGAUCCAU